AUGCUUUGGAACUGGUAUACAAUCGACUCAUGCUUCCUCGCCAAAACAUGGCACAUCAGGACGCGCGGCAUGUUCGCCGGCUCCUGCAUUGGAGUGAUCUGCCUCGUAUUGAGCCUUGAGUUCCUCCGCCGUCUAGGCCGAGAAUACGACUCGUUCAUAGUGCGCCGAGCCCGUCUUCGAAGACUCUACAUGUCGGACUCUUCUACCGCGCAAUCCAUCUCCAACGUCCCCCUACGCAGCGAAGAAGACACCACCAAGCCGUCCGGCAACUGCUGCGGCGGCAACGCAGAGAUCGACGCUAGGUCCUCCGCAGACGACGACAUCAUCACUCCUGUGUCGGGUGCUCCCCAGAACGGAGCGUCGAAAAAUAAAGCUUCUAUCUCUGCUACUACGCCGGCUAAUUGCAUUCGAGAUGUCGGCGGCCAGCGCAUCGAGAGACAGGACGCUCUGCUUGCCCCGUAUCGUCCGUCGCUUGUUGAGCAUUCUCUGCGCUCGCUGCUGCAUAUGACGCAGUUUGCUGUUGCGUACAUCAUCAUGCUGCUCGCUAUGUACUUCAAUGGGUAUAUCAUCAUCUGUAUCUUCAUUGGUGCUUUCCUGGGCGCGUUCAUCUUCUCCUGGGAGCCGGUGGACUUGAAUAAGGAGUAA